CAGGAAGCUGGAGGUCCGCGUGUGAACUGCAAUCCGAGCCCAUGCCCGCCUGAGCUGCUGUACCGCUCUUGUUUACAGAAGCUACCUGCCCACAACAACAACAAGAAUUGGUCUGAUGGAGCAAAGGCACUCGGCGCGACUCGGUGCGACAAGGCAACAAUGCGACCGGUGUGCAUACAGCACGGAUCAUCCUGGACAUUUGACACGGCACCAGAGAACUCACACAGGGGAGAAACCCUUCAAGUGCAGUGUGUGUGGGAAGGCGUUUGCACUUUCAGCAAAUCUUCAUGUACACCAGAGAACACACACGGGAGAGAAACCCUUCAAGUGCAGCGUGUGUGGGAAGGCGUUUUCACAGUCAUCUACUCUUGUAGCACACCAGAGAACACACACGGGAGAGAAACCCUUCAAGUGCAGUGUCUGUGGGAAGACGUUUUCAGAUUCAUCUACUCUUGUAGAACACCAGAGAACACACACGGGAGAGAAACCCUUCAGGUGCACUCCGUGCGGGAUAGCGUUUGCACGGUCAGCACAUCUUCAAGCACACCAGAGAACACACAAGCAUCAGAAGAUCCACCAGGAGUGGAGUCUGAAAUCAGCUUGUGAAAGUCAAAGUGCUGCAAUGAGCCCAUCUGUCAUCAAACAAGAACCGGAAGAAAAUCCCAGCUUGGACACUUUUAAAGGUAACGAGGUGGAAUAUGAAGAGGUGAAGGUGAAAUGUGAAGAAGUGAUGGUGAAGAGCGAAGAAGUGAAAGUAAAAUGUGAAGAUGAAGAUUCAACUCCAAAAUCGGACCUUCACAUCGAUGGAGGCAACGUGAAGCAGGAGGAGAAUUCUGACUGUGAGGCAGAGCGAGGCAACUCCCAGCAGUUUGUGUGGGUGGACUUCAUAGACAAUACAAAGUGAAAUGGUUACCCGGUAGAUGUGUAAGCUUGAGACGAUGUCGGUCUAAGCCAGGGGUCCUCAAACUUUUUAAACAGGGGGCCAGUUCACUGUCCCUCAGACCGUUGGAGGGCCGGACUAUAGUUUAAAAAAAACUAUGAACAAAUUCCUAUGCACACUGCAUAUAUCUUAUUUUGAAGUGAAGAAACAAAACGGGAAUAAAUACAAUAUUUAAAAUGAAGAACAAGUAAAGUUAAAUCAACAAACUUGCCAGUAUUUCAAUGGGAACUAUGGGCCUGCUUUUGGCUAAUGAGAUGGUCAAUGUCCGGUUCCAUAUUUGUCACUGCUCGUCGUAACAAGUGAUGCAAGUGUGCAUCCAUUAGUCUAGAUCUGGUUGGAGAUUUCAAAUGUUUCAUUCUGGAAAAAGUCUGUUCACAGACAUAAGUGCUGCCAAAGAUGGUUGCCAUUUUGAGUGCAUGGUUCCUGAGAUGAGGAUAUGUUUCAGAGGGGAGAGAUGCAUAGAAAUUAUGAAGGCUGCUUGACUUGAAUGCGUCUUUCAGAGAGUCACAAUUCUGCAGUUCAGCCAGUUCCAUUUGGUAAAUUGUAUCCACAUUUUCAAUGUCAAUAGAAAAUUGGUUACGGAAAAGCUGUAUGUCCUGUUCAUGGAGAUGAAGCUCUUUAAAUCCAAAUUGGAACUCCUUUUGCAAUUUUUCCAGUGAAUCCACACGUUUUGUUUGGGAAUGCAACCAAUGGUUUUUCCGCUAACAGAUUUUGAGUUGUGGGGAGAUGGCAGAAGUUUUCCUCCUUCACUUGUUUGAUGAGGAGGCCUAAUAUUACUUCAAA